AUGAAUACCGCUAGCGCCACCACCACUUCAUCCAACAUGCUCUCCGUCCCAUCUUCCACCUCCACCUCCUCAGGCAUCGACAUCAACAACCCAACCCGUCCCGCCUUCAACUCCCAACGAACCCAAGACCGCCUCCGCGAAGGCGAGGGCCUCUACGCGAUGCUCUUCCGCAGCGACAGCAACAAACUGCAGCGCGGCCGAAAAUCCGUCUUCAAAGAGACUGGCCUCGACGACGACAGCGCCAGCGAAGUCACCGACGUCUCGUCGCUCAGGUCGCCUGUUGCAUCGCCCUCGCUCUUGUCGCCAUCGACGUCGGUGUCGUCUCAAGGGCCGUCUCCUUUGCCGCCGUUUCCGUCUCUCAAGCCGGGGCCGCUGGAAUCAUGCCCGCGAUGA